AUGAAGUCCUGCACAGUCAACAUCAUUACAAAGACUUCCAAAUCCCUCUCACUAACCUACUAUUUUGAUGGUGUUGCUCAGUCCUCAAAUUCAAAGACAUUUGACUCAUCCUACAACAAAGUCCUCAAGGUCAAGGUAAUUGCUGCUUCUAGUGAAGUUCUUGAGCUUGUUCACCGUGACUCUCAGAUUACUGGCGCUAUACAGAAUUGGAUGGCCUGA